CACUGCCAAAGUGUUAGCAAGCGGGACGCUUGGACAAGCGUGAACGUAUAGAAGCGUGCGGUUGCUUGUGUGUGCGUGUGUGUGUGUGUAGGUGUUGCACGCGUGAAAAACUUGAAGAACCGAAACUCAAAUACUCACACACCCAUACAUACUUCAUAAACGUACGUAUAGCCAUUAUCUUUUGGGCUAAAGUGAAAGGGAAAGUAUAUCAGAAUGGCUUUGCUGCCCCGCGUGGAUAUUGAUAAGCCGAAGUUCGAUCAGAGCACGUAUGUGGGGCGUGCCAAGCAUUUCUUUCUGGUCACCAAUCCCCUUAAUCUAUUCGUUACCUCGAAUCAACUAGAGUCCGCACGACAGAUAGUACAAAAGUAUCGAGCUGGAAAGGAUGUGCCCGAAUGUAAAUCCAUUAAUGAUCUAUGGAAGGCCAAGUAUCUGUACGAUUCGGCCUUUCAUCCGGAGACGGGCGAGAAGCAGCUACUCAUUGGACGCAUGUCGGCACAGAUGCCAAUGAACAUGUUCAUCACUGCCGGCAUGAUGACCUUCUACAAAACAACGCCGGCCGUCGUCUUCUGGCAAUGGUGUAAUCAGACCUUUAAUGCCAUCGUCAACUAUACGAAUCGCUCAGGAACAACACCUAUUAGUCAAACACAAUUGUUUACCUCAUACUGCCUGGCAACGGGUGGUGCUUUGGGUACCGCCCUCACCCUGAACAGAGCGGUAAAGAAUAUGAAUCCUUUGGUUGGUCGCCUGGUGCCUUUGGUAGCCGUUGCAGCUGCCAAUUGCAUCAAUAUUCCCUGCAUGCGAAUGCAGGAGUUGCGCAAUGGUGUCGUUCUUUUGGAUGAGAAAAAUAAUGAAGUUGGCAUUUCGAAGAAGGCCGCAUUCGUUGGCAUUUCAGCCGUGUUGGUGAGCCGUAUUGCCAUGGCCAUGCCCGGAAUGACUUUAACGCCUCUGCUUAUGGAGAGCCUGGAGAAGCGCGGUUUUCUGAAGAAAUUCCCCCGCCUGAAUGCUCCAAUUCAAACGGUCUUCGUCGGUUUCGUUCUUCUCUUUGCCACGCCCCUGGGCUGUGCAUUCUUCAGCCAACGGGCGGCAAUUAAGGUGAGCGACCUGGAGACUGAGGUCAGCGAAUCCAUACAGAAGAAAAAUCCGGACUUGGAAACCGUCUGGUACAACAAGGGCUUGUAGGCCAAUAAAGGUGGAUGGAUGAAAGGGAAUUACGAGAGGACAAUAAUUUUUUCAAGGGGAUUAAUUUAUUUACUUGAUGUGCAUUUAUAGGAAUUCUUAAAGCAUUUAAUUGCAGGUUUUUGUUUGCGUUCUGUGUUUAGUUAACACAUUUAAAUGAAUGUAAAUUAGUUAAUUGUUGUGCUCGAGUCGCCACAAUUUACUCAGGAGUAGCUUGUGAUUCAAAGCUAUUUAGAAAUAUCAAAUAUGAAAAUGUUGUUAAUAAAUAAAUUAAAAGGAAAAUUGUAA